CCCACUCAGGGUUCCUAAAAAAGAAAGGUGCAAAGUUUGGUCCAGAUAGAGAGGGAGAAAUCAAAGCCAAGCCGACACUUCCUGUCGCCCGGGCUCUAUAUAAAACGUGAUGAGCGCACGGGCUGCGGAGUCGCCCCGCAGCGCUCGCCCAGCAGCCGCCGCCUCUUCCGAGCGCUUGAGGUUUCCCGGGGACCACAAUGAACAAGCUGCUGUGCUGCGCGCUGGUGCUCCUGGACGUCUCCAUUAAAUGGACCACCCAGGAAACCUUUCCUCCCAAGUACCUGCGUUAUGACCCAGAAACCUCUCGUCAGCUGAUGUGCGACCAAUGUCCUCCUGGCACCUACCUGAAACAGCACUGCACCUACAGGCAGAAGACGGUGUGUGCGCCCUGCCCUGACCACUACUACACAGACAGCUGGCACACCAGCGACGAGUGUCUGUACUGCAGCCCGGUGUGCAAGGAGCUGCAGCAUGUCAAGCAGGAGUGCAAUGGCACCCACAACCGCGUGUGCGAGUGUGAGGAAGGCCGCUACCUGGAGUUGGAGUUCUGCCUGAAGCACAGGAGCUGCCCACCAGGGUUUGGAGUGCUGCACACAGGAACCCCGGAGCGAAAUACAGUUUGCAAAAGAUGUCCAGAUGGGUUCUUCUCGAAUGAAACAUCGUCUAAGGCACCCUGCAGAAAACACACAAAUUGCAGUGCAUUUGGUCUCCUUUUAACCCAGAAAGGAAAUACUACGCAUGACAAUCGAUGUUCUGGAAAUAGUGAAAUGACUCAAAAAUGUGGAAUAGAUGUCACCUUAUGUGAAGAGGCAUUCUUUAGGUUUGCAGUUCCUACCAAGUUUACCCCUAACUGGCUCAGCAUCCUGGUAGACAAUCUGCCUGGCACCAAAGUAAAUGCAGAGAGUGUCGAGAGAAUAAAACGGCAACACAGCUCACAAGAACAAACUUUCCAGCUGCUGAAGUUAUGGAAACAUCAAAACAAAGACCAAGAUAUGGUCAAGAAGAUCAUCCAAGAUAUCGACCUCUGUGAAAACAGCGUGCAGCGGCACAUCGGACACAUGAACCUCACCUUUGAGCAGCUUCACAGCUUGAUGGGAAAUUUGCCUGGGAAGAGAGUCCCAGCAGAAGACAUUGAGAAAACCACGAAGACAUGCAAACCAAAUGAGCAGAUUCUGAAGCUGCUUAGCCUGUGGAGAAUAAAAAAUGGCGAUCAAGACACUCUGAAGGGCUUAAUGCACGCGCUCAAGCACUUGAAAACAUAUCAUUUCCCCAAAACUGUCACUCAGGGUCUAAAGAAGACCAUCAGGUUCCUUCAUAGUUUCACUAUGUACAGACUGUACCAGAAGCUAUUUUUAGAAAUGAUAGGAAACCAGGUUCAAUCAGUCAAAAUAAGCUGCUUAUAACUGGAAGUGGUCGUUAGGCUGUUUCCACACAAUGGGUCAGAGCCGAUGGAUGAGUAAACCAUUUCUCAGGCACUUGAGGGGGUACAAUGAUUUCUUUCUCAUCACCAAGGUCUAGAUUUGGCCACAGGGCAUGAAACAAAAAGUUACGGUGUGGAGAAAGAACUAAUAUUUCCCCCAAAGUUCAAUAAAUCCCAAACAGUUUAUCCAACUGACAGAUCUGGUCCAGUAUCUACUGACUACAUUUUCCUUUAUUACUGCUUGCAGUAAUUCAACUGGAAA